CUUCAACAAAAAAAAACAUGUAAAAUCAGUAAAUUGAUAAUACAAAAGUGACCCCCCUCUCUUUCUCAACCACGAUGUUAUUAAAGAAUAAGGAGUAUUUAUCGUUGUUCAAGAUGCGUCCUCUUUUCUAUAGCUUCAAGAUGGGACUUCCAUUGGCAAUUAAACGAGCUUUAAAGCUUUCUAAUGUGGCUUACUUAUGCUCAGCUGCGUUGCUAGUGUUUCUUCCAGAUCAAUUUAAAAGUGGAGGGACAAUGGGGCAGUUAAUCACUGAGCAGAUCAUUCUGUAUAUUGGGAGCUUUUCUGUGUUUCUCUGUUGGGAAUUGAGUCACCAUUUACACCAGGUGCUACACACAAAAAGGUACUUAUUUGCACCGCCGAAAGGUUCUGCAGCAGCAGAGACAAAUCCCAGUGGGCCUCUCCUUGCAGCCCUUAAGGAGAGCAUUCCGGAUUCUCUUCCGCAGUAUCUUGCAUAUCUUGAUCUUUGUAUGGUUUGUGAGAAUAAUGUAGAUGCUUGGUGCCGAGCUGCAUUUUUUGAAGAAACUGGUGAGACUUAUAAAAAAGUUGCUGCGUGCUUGAGGCCUCAGGAACAGCUUACAUCUAACUUGAGUGAAGUCUUGGAAGGUUGUUAUGUUGAUAAGGCACAUCAAUUAUCCAAUCAAUUGCAGUCGCCAACUGACUCUCAACUGGAUUCAAAACAUUAUGAAUCACUAAACAACUUUCAGUAUGCAUGGUGUGCCAAGGCAGUUGCCUUCUUGACUGCACGGUCACACGAGGAGGAUAGAUUUGGGGUUGCACAACUCACUGGUAGCAAUGCUGCUGUUCUCUCAACACUUAUCUCUAGCCUGCUUGCUAUUGAAGUUUUCAUGGAAAAGAAGACAAGCUCGCAACCCCAACAUUUGAUGGGGCCAGUUACUAUUAAAUGGAAUACUCCAGGUAUAGGAAGAAGAGAUGUUGCGACAGCAAAAAAGCGAGGUGAUCCUCUACAUGCAAAUACUUGUGCCAUGGCUGAUGUGCCAAGGAACUCAAUCUACGGCAUUGUGUCUACUUUCCAUAAUGAGAUGCUCAAGAGCACCAAAGCAGGUCUUCUUGAGAAGGAUUGAGUUACUAAAAGUAAAUCCCUUUUCGGAACCUAUGAGCUGCUCGUACAGAAACUGCAUCAUUUCCUGGAUUUCCGAGCUAGCUAGCGAGUUACUUGGUUGCUUGUGCUUGGCAUCAUCCAAGUAUUCUUGUGUCAUUUAGGGGAAACAGCAUCAAGGAGAUGAGCUUGUUUGUUGGCCUGGAGCUACUCACAAAGCUUUAACAGGUAACUUCAGUUUUGCUCUGGAGGAUAACUGAAAGUGCAACUAUAAAAUCAUGUUGCAUGAUUGGAAACCUCUCAAGGGUUGAGUUGAGAUGCAAAAUGAUUUGAAUCAAAUGGUAGGAGAUGUAAUGGCUACUGAGUGUUUGAUAUAAAUAGUUUCACAGGAUAAAUGUGACCUCUGAAAGACAACUGUUUGAACAUAUUUUCAGAAAACAAAAAAAACUAUUAAACCUCUGCGGGAAACAUCUUUUUAACCCCA